CCCUGACGGUCACAGGCGCACAACAUGGAAAGGCUCCGUCGAGACAAGUAUAGCAAUUAUGUGUAUUUAUUAGCCACAUUUAGCUAUAACUGAUAAGAGAUUCUACAAUAAAAUUCCAUUCGAAUACAGCGAUAUGUGAUUCGGUUUAAGGACCCGGAUGUUUCGUUUCAAAACAUGGGAGCACCGUCUUGCCUAAAGAAGCUGUGUGUGCUGUACCUGCGAGCUCAGUGGCUGCAGGUGAGAUCUCUACGCUGCGGGACCCACAGGAGCCUCUGCACCGGGCCGGACUCCCGGCCCCCGGACCUGGACCCCCCCACCCGUGACCCUGCCCCCCCCGCCCGUGAGCCGCCCCCCCCCGCCCGUGACCCUGCCCCCCCCGGCCGUGACCCUGCCCCCCCCGCCCAUGACCCUGCCCCCCCCGGCCAUGACCCUGCCCCCCCGGCCCCCCCCGGCCAUGACUCUGGCCCCCCCCCGCCCCCCACGCACUGCUGCAUGAGCGGCUGCCAUAACUGUGUGUGGAUCGAACACGCACAGCAGCUGCUGCAGUUCUACAGUGACGGGGGGGAAAGAGCUCUCUCCGCCAUCGAGGAGAACGUCCUGGAUGAGAACCUGAAAGCCUACCUCAAAAUGGAGAUCCGCCUGCUAAAGAAGAGCUGAGCCUGUCUGUCUGCCUGCCUGUCUGUCUGCCUGUCUGCCUGUCUGUCUGUUCCCCUGCAGAGCCAGGAGAUACACUCACAACCUUAGCGUUUGCAUUCUGUUCCCCUGCAGAGCCAGGAGAUACACUCACAACCUUAGCGUUAGCAUUCUGUUCCCCUGCAGAGCCAGGAGAUACACUCACAACCUUAGCGUUAGCAUUCUGUUCCCCUGCAGAGCCAGGAGAUACACUCACAACCUUAGUGUUAGCAUUCUGUUCCCCUGGAGAGCCAGGAGAUACCCUCACAACUUUAGCAUUAGCAUUCUGUUCCCCUGCAGAGUGGGGGAUACAGGCUCAACCUUAGUGUUAGCGUUCCUACAUGUUUGCUAGUGAACACAGCUUCCCCUGGUAUCUGCACUGAGCCCCUUAUCUUCCCUGUGCAGCCCUGCCAAAUGGGCUGCGAACGCCCCUAAUUCCACAUGCCAUCAGCCCACAGCCCGGUGUUCAUGCCAGGUGUACACAGGAGAUAACGGCUCACCUGUGUGUGUUUGCAUUAGCAUUUCUACAGUCCACAGAGAUGGGGUUAACAGUUUUACUGUUCUUCCAAAAGCAGGGCUGGCUUGGUUGGUGAUGCUGUAGGAGGUGGUAAAUUGAGGUACUGACCCACAGUGGACAUUAGGGAUCCUGCAGUUAGCACUGGUUUCAGGAGUGUGAUGAAUGACUGUAUUUAUGCGACUGACUUCCCUCUGUGUUAUCAGGAGUAGAAUCCAGGUGUGCUUAGCCUCAGGUUAAUCCUCUCUUUUUAUUUGAAGCUGCACAUUACUUCACAGGACAAACCUUAUUAUUCUCUCCAUUAACCCCAGAGCAGAAUAGCCACUGUGUAGCGCCAAUAACCAUGGCUGUGUCCUUGGAGGUGGCACAGGUGUUAUUUCCAUGUGUGUUAUUUGCUUAGGAACAUGAGAGCAGUCCCUGUCGUGCCUGUGGUUCAUACGAGCUGCGCAGAGCGGGAGAGACUCGGAUGCGCAGAUCUGCGCAGAUUUGCACUCAGUGAAGACUGCAGGCGACUGAACUGCAGUCAAUUUAAACAGCACUGACCCCAGUCCCAGGGGAGGGUGGUGUAAUGUAAUGUGGGUGUCGAUAACCCGCAAUAACAGGACCCCCCCUGAUAAAACCCUCAGAGCCUGCAGAGAGGUGCACUCUGGGUAAAAGAACACCGCAUUUUGCUCCUCUUGUAAAGAUAUAACCCUGACACAUAUUUCAGGAUUUCAGCUUUUCAAAGUUUAAACAAUUUAUAUGCAUGGUGUAUAGAUUUUUUUAAACAUUUUUUUGUUUGGUUAUGGUGCCCAUAGUAAAAUGUUAACAUAACUAUGUUAUUUAUACUAAUAAGAAUCAUGUUUGAUGUACAUGAUGGUGUGAUGAAUAAAAGUAUUUUUGACA